AUGUUCGGGAAACGCGAGGAGCCAACUCCUCAGGAGAUCCUGGAGCAGCGCCGACCUUCCAAUGCGGAAGUAAAUGCGCACCGAAAGUCGGUGUCGAAUCGGGGUCUGACAGGUGCCUCGGCCUUGACUGUCAAGCAGUCAAUUUUUCCAAUCACACUCGUGACAAUUCUCUUCUUUUUGUGGGGUUUUGCAUACGGCCUAUUGGACGUGCUGAAUGCAAAGUUCCAAACAGCCUUGGACAUAACAGCUGCCAAAGCUGGUGGUCUCCAAGGUGCUUACUUCGGAGCCUACUUCAUCGGACCCCUGACUUACUCCGGAUGGAUUGUGCGGAAGUUCGGCUAUAGGUGGACAUUCAUCGUUGGACUCUGUAUAUACGGUGUCGGCGCCCUGAUGUUCUGGCCUUCAGCCGUGUACCGGUCUUUUGGCGGCUUCUGCGGGUCCCUCUUUAUCGUCGGCUCUGGACUCUCGACUCUUGAAACUUCGGCAAACCCUUUCAUCGCGACCUGUGGACCACCUCGUCUCUCCGAGUUCCGUCUCGAACUUUCACAGUCGUUUCAGGCUAUUGGCUCCGUCAUGGCUCCUCUGUUGGCCUCCCGCGUCUUCUUCGAAGAGACAAACCCCGACGACAUUUCGAAAGUACAGUGGACGUACCUCGGCAUCGCUGCCUUCGUCUUCCUUCUUGCCGUUGUCUUCUUCUUCUCGCCUAUACCAGAAGUCACAGACGCAGACAUGGAACUACAAGCGGAACAGUCCGCCGGACUCACAGGAUACGAAGACAAGCCGAUGGCUAAGCAGUACAAGCUUUUCUUCGGCGUAGCUGCUCAGUUCUGUUAUGUGGGCGCUCAGGUCGGCGUCGCGGCUAAUUUUAUCAACUAUGCCCGGGAGUCGGCUGGUUUAACCGCGGCACAGGCCAGCGACCGGUAUGCCAUUGGACAGGGCCUGUUUGCUAUCGGACGGUUUGCUGCCGCAGGGUUGAUGAUGAUCGUCAAGCCACGCCUGGUUCUGAUGACCUUCAUGUCUGCGAUCAUGCUGUUCAUUGCGCUGGCGAUCGGCAUAUAUGGAGAGACGGGUGUGGCCAUGCUCAGCUUGGUGCUCUUCUUCGAAUCUUGCGUGUUCCCGACCAUCUUCACGCUCUCAAUCCGUGGUCUUGGACGACACACCAAACGGGGCAGCUCCUGGAUCGUGGCGGCAGUUUCCGGAGGCGCCCUGUUCCCUUCGCUGACCGGCUUGCUGGCGGACCACAAGGGGUACCACAUCGGAAUGGCUGUGCCUCUGAUCGGGUUCUUUGUCUCGUUCGUUUACCCAAUCUUCCUCAAUACUGUGUACAAGAGGGAGCUCGACGGGUUCCGCGAGUCAAAGAUUGGGUAUGUGGACGAGCAUGGGACGAUUGGGGACUCGGCUCGUGACGCGCGCAAAGCUAGUCUCGGCAUCCAAGAGACUGGGGAGACUAAGGUCGCUUUUAGGACAGAGCACCUGGAAGCAUAA